AUGAGAGUAGAUCUCACAGUAGUCGCGCUGACGCUUCUCGCGCCAGUCUGGGCCGCAGCCCUCGAACCCGGCCUCCACAGCUCCGAUGUCUCCUUCCUCGCACCAGUAGAAGAGCGCGACAACGCUCACGAGGACGAGAAGCUGUGGAAGCGCAAGGGUGGCGGCGGAGGCGGCGGCGGUAGAGGAGGAGGCUCUUCAGGUGGGUCCGGCGGAGGUCGCUCUGGCGGUGGUUCAUCUGGUGGUUCUUCCUCAGGUGGCUCUCGCUCAGGCGGCUCCUCAAAUUCCGGCUCUGGCUCACCAGGUUCUCGUACAGGUGGUUCUAGCAGCGGUGGUAGAAGCGGCGGCAGCGGUAGCGGUACCGGCGGCUCUGCCCGAGGCGGCAACCGCGAUUCUUCCGGCGGAUCUACCAAGACGGGCAGCGGCCCUGCGCCGGCCUACGGCGGAGCAUACGGCGGCGGUGCGAGGGUUCCCUAUGCGGCCGGAGCUUCCAGGGGUGCCGGCACCGUUGCCCCGUUCCUGCUGGUCGGUGCCGGUCUUGCGUUCUGGCCCGGUCUUUGGCUUGCGGGCGCGCAUAUGUAUCCGUACUCUCACCCAUACCGAUACUACAACGAGUCGGCGCGUGAGAACCAGACGAAGCCGGUCAUGUGCGGCUGCGCUGACCACCAGCCCUGCGCAUGCGAUGAGAACAACAGCACCGAGUAUAUGAACGCCCUCCUCGGUAACGGCAGCUACGCCGCUCUCAACAAGUCCGUCGUCAACGUCGCCGACUACAACGGCAACAGCACCAUUCUCAUCAAUGGCACCUUGCCUAACGGCACGACUGCCUCUGGUGGCAGUGACGACGUCGGCUCGUCUGCGGCGUUCCGUGUUGUGGCCGAAUCUCUUGGCUUCUGGCCUGUUGCAGCGGUGGUUCUGGCUACAGUCCUUGUAGCAUGA